AAGCGGCGGUGGAGGGGGAGGUGGCGGUUCCCCCUGAGGAGGGCGUUUGUCUUUAAAGCUGACGCUCCCCGUCCCCCUCCCCGCAGGGAAGGCUGAGGGCGCUGCCGGCGCUGAAGUCCUUGUUGGGGUCCCCGCCCCGGAGCCUCUCUCAGCGGCACAUUCUGUGACUCAACACAGUGUCACCUGAGAAAACAACUCAGACCCCUAUCAGGACCAGGACCAAAUGGCUGCUUCUCAGGAACCGUUGACCUUUAGGGAUGUGGCCAUAGAUUUCUCUCAGGAGGAGUGGGAAAGCCUGGACCCAGCUCAGCGGAAAUUGUACAUCGAUGUGAUGUCAGAGAACUACAUCAACUUGGCUUCCCUGGCUAUGUCAUCUAAAGAUAACCAGGUCCUUAUGCCAAAGCCCGGACUACAAGAUUUAUUCCCUGAAAUAAUACUGAGUACACAUAAAGGAGAUUUCACUUAUCAAUGGACUGAACAUUGGAAAAAUUUUAAGCAAGAGUCUUAUCUUAAUCAUUGGACAAGUGAGCUUGCAGAGGACCAUUGUAAAGGUGAAAAAGUCUUUCAGCAAAUGUCCAAUCACAAUAUACAUCAGGUUAUUCCUAUUGUGGAGAAGACACACAAAGGAAGUAAAUGUGUCCAGUCUUUUCAGCAGUCUUCAAAUUACACUGAACAAGAGAAUGUUCAUACUGGGGUGGAGGCUUACAAAUGGAAUCCUUGUGACAGAAUCUCCAGUCAAGUAUUCAAUCUAAAUAAAAUGAAAAAAAUCUAUAGUGGAGAAAAACCUUAUAAAUGUAAAGAUUCUGGUAAAACAUCUAAUUGGCUGUCAGGUUGCACUGUAAAUCAGAGAAAUUAUACUGGAGAGAAGCCUUACAAAUGUACAGAAUGUGGGAAAGCCUUUAGCCAGUCCUCACACCUUAUUUAUCCUCAGAAAGAUCACACUGGGGAGAAGCCAUAUAAAUGUGGAAAGUGUGGCAAAGCCUUUAGGAAUUCCUCAUUCCUUACUUAUCAGAGAGUUCAUAUUGGACAGAAGACUUAUAAAUGUAGAGAAUGUGGCAAAGCCUUUGGCAGCUCUUCAGUCCUUACUAAGCAUCAGAGAGUUCAUACUGGAGAGAAGCCUUAUAAAUGUACAGAAUGUGGCAAAGCCUUUGGUAGUUCCUCAAACCUUACUACGCAUCAGAAAGUUCAUACUGGAGAGAAGCCUUAUAAAUGUACAGAAUGUGGCAAAGCCUUUGGUAGUUCCUCAAACCUUACUACGCAUCAGAAAGUUCAUACUGGAGAGAAGCCUUAUAAAUGUACAGAAUGUGGCAAAGCCUUUCGUAGUUCCUCAAACCUUACUACGCAUCAGAAAGUUCAUACUGGAGAGAAGCCUUAUAAAUGUACAGAAUGUGGCAAAGCAUUUGGUAGUUCCUCAAACCUUACUACGCAUCAGAGAGUUCAUACUGGAGAGAAGCCUUAUAAAUGUACAGAAUGUGGCAAAGCAUUCAAUGAGUCCAAAAAGCUUCAUCGACAUCAAAAAGUUCAUACUGGAGAGAAGCCUUAUAAAUGUGGAGAAUGUGACAAAGCCUUUGGCAGCUCUUCACUCCUUACUAUACAUCAGAGACUUCAUACUGGAGAGAAGCCUUAUACAUGUAGAGAAUGUGGCAAAGGAUUCAUUUCGGCACCAUCCCUUAAUUGGCAUCAGAGAGUUCAUACUGGAGAGAAGCCAUAUAAAUGUAGAGAAUGUGGCAAAGCCUUUGGUAGUUCCUCAUACCUUAUUACACAUCAGAGAGUUCAUACUGGAGAGAAGCCUUAUAAAUGUACAGAAUGUAGCAAAGCCUUUGGUAGAUCCUCCCAACUUAUUAUGCAUCAGAAAGUUCAUACUGGAGAGAAGCCUUAUAAAUGUAGAGAAUGUGGCAAAGCCUUUGGUUGUUCCUCAAACCUUAUUACGCAUCAGAGAGUUCAUACUGGAGAGAAGCCGUAUAAAUGUACAGAAUGUGGCAAAGCAUUCAGGGUCUCCUCACAGCUUAAUCGACAUCAGAAAGUUCAUACUGGAGAGAAGCCUUAUAAAUGUUCAGAAUGUGGCAAAGCCUUUAGCCAGUCCUCAGCCCUUACUAGUCAUCAGAGAGUUCACACUGGAGAGAAGCCUUAUAAGUGUAGAGACUGUGGCAAAGCCUUUAGAUGGUCCUCAAGCUUUACUUAUCAUCAGAGAAUUCACACUGGAGAGAAGUCUUAUAAGUGUAGAAAAUGUGGCAAAGGAUUCAUUUCGGCACAGUCCCUUAAUAGUCAUCAGAGAGUUCAUACUGGAGAGAAGUCUUAUAAAUGUUGAGAAGGUGGCAAAGCCUUUAGCCAGUCCUCACACCUUAUCUAUCAUCAGGGAGAUACUACGGAAGAGAAGCCAUAUGAAUGUGGAAAGUGUGGCAAAGCCUUUUGAAAUUUUUCACACCUUACUUAACAUCAGAGAAUACACACCAGAGAGAAGCCUUAUAAAUGUGGAAAAUGUGGCCAAGCUUUUGUCAGCUCUUCAGUCCUUACUGAUCAUCAGAGAGUUCACACUGGAGAGAAGCCUUAUAAAUGUAGAGAAUGUGGCAAAGCCUUUAGCCAGUCCUCAUCCCUUACUAGUCAUCGGAGAGUUCACACUGGAGAGAAACCUCAUAAGUGUAGAGAAUGUGACAAAGCGUUCAGUGACUCCUCAAAGCUUAAUCGCCAUUAGAGAGUUCAUACUGGAGAAAGCCUUAUAAAUGUAGAGAAUGUGGCAAAGCCUUUAGGAAUUCUUCAUCCCUUAUCAUUAGAGAGUUCAUACUUGAGAGAAGUCUUACAGAUUUGAGGAAUGUUGGAAGUGCUUACCAGGGAGAACUUAAUGAAUAUCACAGAAUUCAUACUGGGAUGAAUUCAAAUGAAUGUGCAAAAUAUAAA